CAGAUUUUUUUUUUUUAAUCCAGCAAGUGUCAGAUCAUUGGAAGGGUGGAGUAACGCUGUAAACCACAACACGCCUUUGUCGGGACUUGUUCAGGAGCAAAGCACUGAAAGAAACCAGGGGGGAGAAGUGAAGUGAACAUUUUUGGAGGAUCACUCAGCUUUAACACACCUCGGCUGGAUCUGGAUAAAAAAAGUGGGCACAGCAGACUUGUAGAGGAAAACAUCAGGGGAAGAAAGAGAGGGGGCAUUCAGUCAAGGUCGUUUCCAGUUCCAUCAAAAUCACAAGCCAGCAGGUGGUGAUGGGAUGGACGUAACCAAGAGAAACAAGCGAGAUGGCACGGAAGUCACUGAAAGAGUUAUCACUGAAACAGUAACUACAAGACUUACAUCCUUACCACCGAAAGGGGGCACCAGCAAUGGCUAUGCCAAAGUGGGCUCUCUUGGUGGAGGGGGCCGGCUGGAGAAGCAAAGCCUGACCCACGGCAGCAGCAGCUACAUAAGCUCCAGUGGAAGCUUGCGAGGCAACGGCUCCACCUCUAGUUACCGGAGGGCUCAGUCCCCCGCGUCCACCCUGCCCAACUCGCCCGGCUCAACCUUCGAAAGGAAAACCCACGUUGCCCGCCACGGCGUGUACGAAGGGAGCUCCAGUGGCAACUCUUCCCCGGAGUACCCUCGGAAGGAGUUGGCGUCUUCUGCAACCAGAGGGCGGAGCCAAACGCGAGAGAGCGAAAUUCGAGUUCGGUUGCAGAGUGCAUCACCUUCUACCAGAUGGACAGAGUUGGAUGAUGUCAAGCGUUUGCUCAAGGGCAGCCGAUCGGCAAGUGCCAGUCCUACCCGGAACUCAUCCCACACACUCCCCAUCCCCAAGAAAGGCACGGUGGAGACCAAAGUGGUGACAGCCAGCUCCCAGUCAGUCUCGGGCACCUACGACACCACCAUCCUGGACGCCAACCUGCCCUCCCACGUGUGGUCCUCCACCCUGCCCGCGGGGUCCUCCAUGGGGACCUAUCACAACAACAUGACAACCCAGAGCUCAUCCCUGCUCAACACCAAUGCCUACUCGGCAGGCUCGGUCUUUGGGGUUCCCAACAACCUGGCCCCCUGCUCCCCAACCCUGCAGCCUGGACUCAGCUCCUGCUCCUCAGUGUUUGGAAUGCAGAACAACCUGGCCCCCAGCUCAACUGCUCUGUCCCAUGGCACAGCUGCCGCUUCAACAGCGUAUGGUGUGAAGAAAAAUGUGUCCCAGAGCCCUGCUGUUGUGAGCACCGGUGUGUCCACCACCUCUAGCACCUGCACCACCAAUGUCCAAAACGAUGAGAUCUUGCACAAGGACUGCAAGUUCUUGAUCCUGGAGAAAGACAACGUGCCUUCCAAGAAGGAGAUGGAGCUGCUGAUCAUGACCAAGGACAGCGGGAAGGUCUUUACUGCGGCCCCCGCCGGCAUUGCUGCAACUUCUUUUUCAGAAGACACCCUGAAAAAAGAAAAGGAGGCUGCCUACACUGCUGACACCUGCCUAAAAGCAGACACAAAUGGAGAUGUGAAGGUUGUCUCCACCAAGGGCAAGUCUGCCUCUGCAGAAACCCAUGGUUAUGACCACCGCGGAGGUGGAGGGCUGUGGGGGGCCGCGCCCUCCUGGUGCCCCUGCGGCUCCUGCUGCAGCUGGUGGAAGUGGCUGCUGGGCCUGCUGCUCACCUGGCUGCUGCUCCUGGGGCUGCUCUUUGGCCUCAUCGCUCUGGCAGAGGAUGUGAGAAGGCUGAAAGCCCGUGUGGAGGAGCUGGAGAGGGGCCAGGGCGGCGUGCUUUCCUACGAGGACAAGAUGGAAAGGAGCCACAGGGAGCGGCUCCAGGGUGCCACGCCCGGCCAGGGAGCAGGCACUGGCAGGGCCGGGUUCGAGGGCGGCCUCAGCCAGGAGGAGCUCUGGGUGUUCGUGAAGAACAAGCUCAUGCAGGAGCAGGAGAACGGAAACCUCCGAGGAAGCCCUGGCCCUAAAGGUGACAUGGGAAGUCCAGGUCCAAAAGGAGACCGAGGCCUUCCCGGGACUCCAGGUAGCCCUGGGCCCUUGGGCCACCCCGGUCCGGUAGGACCAAAAGGACAAAAAGGCAGUGUGGGAGACCCCGGCAUGGAAGGACCCAUGGGCCAAAGAGGGAGAGAAGGCCCCAUGGGGCCCCGUGGUGAACCAGGGCCUCCUGGAUUUGGGGAGAAAGGGGACAGAGGGGCUGCUGGUGAACCAGGUCUGCAGGGCCCUCCUGGUGUCCCAGGUUCUGUGGGUCCCAAAGGUUCCAGUGGCUCGCCGGGCCCCCACGGACCCCCAGGCUCUAUGGGUGUCCAAGGGCCCAGAGGUGAAGUGGGACUUCCUGGCACUAAAGGUGACAAAGGGCUCAUGGGGCCAACAGGACCCAAAGGUGACCAGGGUGAGAAAGGACCUCGAGGGCUCACAGGUGAGCCUGGCACCAGAGGUUUGCCUGGGGCUGUGGGCGAACCCGGAGCUAAAGGAGCAAUGGGCCCCGCUGGCCCCGAUGGACAGCAAGGCCUAAGAGGUGAACAGGGCCUGACGGGUAUGCCUGGAGCCCGAGGCCCUCCGGGACCUUCUGGAGACCCAGGAAAGCCAGGUCUCACAGGACCCCCAGGACCCCAGGGACUUCCCGGGUCCCCUGGCCGACACGGGAGUAAAGGUGAACCAGGUGCCCCAGGCAGGAUCAUGACUUCAGAUGGCUCAUCAAUGGUCACUGUCGCAGGCCCCCCAGGGCCUCCUGGCGUCAUGGGACCUCCAGGACCUCCAGGUUCUCCAGGUCCUGCUGGCCCUGCUGGUCUCCCAGGACAGCAAGGCCCAAGAGGGGAGCCCGGACUCACUAGUGAAUUGUCCCUGGGCACCGGCACCUCCAUCUCUGAGCUGAUCUCCUCCCAAGGUGUUGACUUACGAGGUCCCCCAGGCCCGCCUGGGCCACGAGGACCGCCAGGGCUGUCUAUCCCAGGCCCACCCGGACCCCGAGGCCCAGCAGGGGAAGGCUUGCCAGGCCCACCAGGCCCGCCUGGAUCUCUCCUGACGGACUCAGAAACCUUCUUCUCCGGCCCCCCCGGCCCCCCCGGCCCCCCAGGCCCCAAGGGAGACCAAGGUCCCCCAGGCCCCCGAGGACAUCAAGGCGAGCAAGGCCUCCCAGGGCUCCUGGCCUCAGAUGGCAGCUCUCUUGGAUUCAACCUGCAGGGACCUCCAGGCCCACCUGGUCCGCAGGGACCCAAAGGUGACAAAGGUGACCCUGGCAUGCCUGGUGCUCCCUCUCGAGGGGGCUCCUCCAGCACCGUGUACACGCCUGGCCCACCCGGCCCACCAGGGCCCCCAGGGCCUCCAGGCUCCCUCAGAAGCUCUGCCCUGGAGAUCCGGCAGCACCUCUCUGAGUACCUGCAGAGUGACAGCAUCAGGGCCUACCUGUCUGGAGCUCAGGGCCCCCCGGGCCCCCCUGGCCCCCCAGGGCCCAUCAGCACCAUCACAGGCCAGACUUUUGAGUACUCAGAGCUGGCCAGGCACGUUGUGAGCUACCUGCAGGCUUCCGGCUACAGUGUCGGCAUGUCCUCUGGCUCCAUCUCCUCUCAGGACAUCCUGGCCUUGCUGCAGCGGGAAGAUGUACUCCAGUAUCUGCGGCAGUACCUGACAGGCCCUCGGGGUCCUCCGGGGCCCCCAGGAGCCAGCGGUGAUGGGGCCCUCCUGUCAUCUCUGAACUACUCGGAGCUAAGCAAGCGCAUCCUCAGCUACAUGUCGAGUUCUGGCGUCAGCAUUGGGCUUCCUGGCCCGCCAGGCCCCCCUGGCCUGCCUGGGACAUCUUACGAGGAGCUGCUGGCCUUGCUCCAAGGGUCUGAAUACAGAGGCAUCAUCGGACCCCCAGGGCCCCCGGGGCCCCCCGGGACCCCAGGCAGUGCGUGGUCCAGCAUCAGCGUGGAGGACCUGUCAUCAUAUUUGCACACUGCAGGCUUGUCAUCCAUCCCAGGCCCACCAGGCCCUCCCGGACCCCCAGGUCCUCGGGGGCCCCCAGGUGUCUCAGCAGCUCUGGCAACUUAUGCUGCUGAGAACAAUGACAACUUCCGGAGCGAGCUGAUAAGCUACCUCACAAGUCCUGACGUGCGCAGUUUCAUCGUGGGGCCCCCAGGGCCCCCGGGGCCACAGGGGCCCCCUGGAGACAGUCGCCUGGUGUCAAGAGAUGGCUCCUACAGCUGGAGUAGCAGCUCUUCCGUCAGAGAGGGCUCCACCUACGGCUCUUCAGUGGGCGCCAGAGGAGCCAACGGAGGCUCCCUGGGAGGAGGUGGAGCGUUUGGAGCAGGAGAUGGGGGCGCCUAUGGCACCGACGUUGGCCCCGGUGGAGGCUAUGGGACAGCAGCAGAAGGGGCUGCGUACGAAGGCAAUGGUGCUUCACUCCGGGCUGGCUUCAGAGACCUGGACUACAACGAGCUAGCUGUGCGGGUGUCAGAGAGCCUGCAGCGUCAAGGCUUGCUACAAGGGAUGGCCUACACUGUCCAGGGCCCACCAGGCCAGCCUGGGCCCCAAGGGCCCCCCGGCAUCAGCAAGGUCUUCUCCGCCUACAGCAACAUAACCCAGGACCUCAUGGACUUCUUCCGAACUCAUGGGGCCAUUCCAGGCCCGCCAGGGCAGCAGGGAGAAGUGGGCAUCCCCGGACCUAAAGGUGACAGGGGCCCCGCCGGACCACGAGGACUUCCUGGACCGCCUGGCUCUCCGGGGCCCAAGGGGGAAAAGGGAGACAGAGGCGACCAAGUCUACGUUGGGCGAAGGAAGAGAAGUGUCGCCAUCAAGCCAUAGGCUGGCCUUGGCUGAGCAGCCCGGGGCCAGUGCUUGCAAUGUUUAUGGGCCCAAAUGUCAGAUUCCUCUCCAGAAGGUAAACCUGGCAGCUAUGUUCAGUCACACAGAGAAGUCAGUCAGAGACACAAUCUGAAACAGCUUCACGGGGUGGCCCCUAGAAGUCAUCAAAUGUUUUAGGAUGAUACUUACUUCCCUACUCUCUCAAUCCAAGUGCCUUGGCCUCUUUAACACUUAGUUUGAACCCCAAUCUAGGAAAGCUAGUUACAUAAGAGUUGGCUUGGGAGUCUCAGGGCUUUGCCUAAAAGUGAGCCCUAAAAAUGGAAGAUGGGGCUUAGGUGCCUUCCCGGAGGGGGCCCGUGAGGGUCUGGUUACUGUUGCAAAGCUGCAUGUCAUCUUCUCCCUCCUCAUUCACCCUGCAUUCUCCAGUCACAAAAGACAUGGCUAAGAAGUGACUCUCAAAAUGGAAGAAAUUAAGAAAUUCACUUCCCUACUGGAGGUGACAGCAUUCCUGAUAGCGAUGCCACUUGCUUAGUCUGAUUAUAGCUUUGAUCUGUGCCCACCUGCCAAUGCCAGAGUUAACAGAUACGUUAUCCUAAACUGGACUGCAGCAAAUGGGACAAGAGGGGCAGUGGGCAAGGAAGGAAGAGGAGGGAAAAGAUGCACCUGAUGCUGGGGAGACAGCUUCCUCCCACCACCGUGACAUCGCCCUCUCCUCACUUAGGAAGGCUGUGGUUUAUAAGCACUUCUCACUGUCUAAAACAUCUGUAUGUGGUCUGUAAGAUGAAAAGUCAUUUCAAGUGUAAAAUUUCCAAUUAAAAUUUUUUUCUUUUUUAAUAUCAUGUUUAAUGUGAACAAUGGGAACAAAGACAUGCUAGCUUAACUGGGUCUGAUACUUUUAUUACAUACAUGAGAAAAGAAAACCAGUUAUAUUUUGGGUCACACUUCUAGCAUUUUAUUUAACCACUGAAAUGUUUAAAGGCAGCCUUUCUGUAGCUAUUAACUCAACCUGGAAAUAUUACAAAGCAUCUGAAGGGCUUUCCUACGCAUAGAUUUCUUAAAAUAAACAUAGGUACAACAAAUGA